AUGGAUGUGGUUCUUGCAGAUCAAUACGGAGAUCGAUGCAACCUUCGAAGCGAGGCUAGAGCGGACGAAUUUGCUUACCAGAUACUUAUCAUUGAAGACCUUGAUGAUGGAAGGGUUCAUUCAUUCGAAGAUGAUGAGCCCAAGCCAGGAUCCUUUGAAGGUGUGGCCCAAGCCGGCAUCAGGGAUGUUAUCCCUGUACACCAGAUAUCCAAGAUCUUCUACGCAGACACAGGAAAGAUCUUAAACAUUGGGACAGAGGGUGAAGCCAAUAAUCCUGUGCUUCUUCUGAAGAGAGAUAUAAAUGCGAUACCUCCACGAGGAAUGAUUGAAAGAGAAGACCUUACUGGAUACUUUGACUCUGAGGAUGGCCACUAUCCUGAACAGGAGCCGUAUGACGACGAACAAGCACAGAUCGACGCGCAACUUAUGGCAUCACAGGGUAUGCAUAAACCCUCUGAUCCUGUACGAUACCAAAAUGACAUCCCUGAACAUUGGCAGUUUCCCCCAAGCCUUGAUCUGGAGUGGAUAGCUCUCGAGGUCCACCAAGAGGAACCUGAAUCUGACGACGAUGACAAUGAGGAAGACGAGCCAGAGGCAGCUUCUGCUACAAUCACAGAAGAAGAUGAACUUUCCGAAAACUUAGCAAAGCUGAGUAUCCCCAAUAAACAUAAGUCACCCUCAAGUCAAGUUGCAGUACCCCCAUAUCCAGACCAACCAAUGUCCUCUUCGACAGUCUCCAACCCUCUAUUCAAUAAUAUUCGAACCUCAUUGUCGCUGCUAGAAACAUUACUACGGCUUACUUCCCUCCAACAAUUCCAGCAACAAUCCCAUCUCUCCAUCACAGAUGAACUUCUCACAUUUUUCCUCGAAGAAUCGUCUGCCACAGGUGCAGGUGGAGACGAACAACAUCGACAGCGUGUCCGAUCUGAAGCUCGAAGAAAAGUCGGUUGGGACCCAUAUGACGAAAGUCCUCUGAAGCCUCGCGGAGAAGACUAUCAGUAUCAGAAUGAGCAUGGUUCCGUGGCAAGUACUCCCUCCAGAUACCAGCCGCAGCCUGUAGAUCCGGAUGAAAGUUUUGAAGAAAUACCUGCUCAAAUAAGAAGCAACCAUGAUGGUAGAUGUCGGGAAUCGCCACAAGUUAGGCGACGGAAAGAAUCGUCACUGGCAUUGUCUCCAACCAUUCCCCGUCCCCUCACCCCUGCAUCACCAUCCCCUAAAGAGAAUUACACCGAAAAUAAUGAUAGAAAACUGUCCAGUCUCAGAUGGCAAGUUCCUACGAACAAACCAGCGAAAAAAUGA